UUAAUUUUAUAACUCUUGAAAUAGGUACUUUCAUCCUCAUUUUUGAAACUAAAAUGGAAGUAACUUGUUCGUAUUCUCAUAGCUGAAAGUUAGCAGAGCUGCAGUUCAAAUCUUAAGGAAUAUUACUCCGUAUCUCAUUGACCAGUACUCAUCACGGGUUUUGUUAAACUUUACGUUCUCCACAGCAGUGGUUCUCAAAGUGUGGUCCCUGGACCAGCAACAUCAACAUGACCUGGGGACUACUUCAAAAUGCUAAUUCUUGGGCCCUGCUAUGGUCUGAAUGUUUAUGUCCCCCCAAAAUUUGUAUGUUCAAAUCCAGAAAUACCGUAUAAGGAGGUGAGAUCUUUGGGAACUGAUUAGGUCACGAAGGUGGACUACUCAUAAAUGGGAUUAGUGCUCUUGUAAAAUAGAUCCCACACAGAAGGUGCUGGCUGUGAACCUUUAGUGAGGUCUCUCACUAAAAUGUGACCACACUGAUGCCCUGAUCUUGGACUUUGCAGCCUCCAGAACGGUGAUCAAUAAAUCUCAGGUGUUUAUAGGCUGCCCAGUCUGUGGUGUUUCAUUAUAGCAGCCUGACUGGACUAAGAAAGUUGCUCCCCUAGGCCUGUUGAAUCAGAAACUGGGAGUGAGAUGGAGGGUUUUUACUGUAUCUUAACAAGCCCUCGAAGUGUUUUGAAUCCACAUUAAAGUUUGAGAGCCUCUGCUCUCUGUGUCUAGUUCAGGGAACUUCACCUUGGUGCCUUGGUGUUGGCAGGAAAUGUUUAUGUGAUGAAUAUUGAGUAUGUGACCAUGUGGACAUUGUCUUCUAGGUUUCUUGUUGUCUCUGGGGAGCCCCUGGGUUAGAUCUUUCUCCAGACUCCAGCCUGCCUCCCCCCAGCAGCUCUGCUUGGAUUUACAGAUGCCUACCAGGCUUUAGGCUCCUGAGAGAAUAAAGUUUGAGACCUACCAUGACGAUGUCAGCUAAUCAGACCUCGCCCCAAAAAUCCCUGAUCCUGGUUCCAGAGGAAUAUGACAGUUCAUAUGAGGGAUCGGUGUCCUUCAGGGAUGUGGCUGUAGAUUUCAGCAGAGAGGAGUGGCAGCAUCUAGACCUUGCUCAGAGAAACUUGUACCGGGAUGUGAUGUUGGAGACCUACAGUCACCUGCUUUCAGUAGGGUAUGAAGUUCCCCAACCAGAAGUUUUCAUGUUGGAGCAAGGAAAGGAGCCCUGGGCAUUGCAGGGUGAGAGCCCACAUCAGAGCUGUUCAGAAGAAUUGUGGCAGAUUGAUGACCAGACAGAAAGCUAUCAGCAAAGAGAAAACAAAUCUUUAAGCGAUGUUGUUUUCAUCAAGAAAAUACUGACUGCAAAGAAGGAUUAUGAAUAUAAGGACAUUAGAAAAAUAAUCCAUGUGAGCCAAAACAUUCUUUCCCCCAAAAGAGCCCCUCAGUGUGAUUCAUUUGGAAACGCUUUGAAGCAUAAUUUAGAUUUACAUAGUCAUUAUAGAAACAGUGCAUCAAAGAACAUGAAUAAGAUUACUGAAUAUGGUAAAAUUUCUUCCUCUACUGACCCUGAGUGUUCUCCAACAGGAGAGAAGUUAUGGGACCAUAAUCAAUGUGGAAAUAUCCUCAGCUAUAAACAAGCAUCCUCUCAACAUCAAAAAAUUCAUACUGGGGAGAAAUCUUACGAAUGUGCUGAAUUUGGAAAGAUCUUCACCCAGAAGUCACAGCUCAGGGUACAUAUGAAAGUUCAUACAGGAGAAAAACUCUAUGUGUGCAUUGACUGUGGGAAAGCUUUUGUAAAGAAGCCAGAAUUCAUUACACAUCAGAGAACCCAUACUAGAGAGAAGCCCUAUAAGUGCAGUGAAUGUGGAAAAGCUUUUUUCCAAGUAUCUUCUCUCUUAAGGCAUCAAAGAAUUCAUACUGGAGAAAAACUUUAUGAAUGCAGUGAAUGUGGAAAAGGCUUCUCUUACAACUCUGAUCUCAGUAUACACCAGAAAAUUCAUACUGGAGAGAGACACCAUGAAUGCAGUGAUUGUGGCAAAGCAUUUACACAAAAGUCCACGCUCAAGAUGCAUCAGAAGAUUCACACAGGUGAGAGAUCUUAUAUAUGUAUUGAAUGUGGACAGGCCUUCAUACAGAAGACACACUUGAUUGCACACCGAAGAAUCCAUACUGGAGAAAAACCAUAUGAAUGCAAUAACUGUGGGAAGUCCUUCAUUUCUAAGUCACAACUCCAGGUACAUCAACGAAUUCACACAAGAAUGAAACCCUUUAUAUAUACUGAAUAUGGGAAGAUCUUCAACAAUAGUUCCAAUCUCAUUACACAUAAGAAAGUUCAAAUUAGAGAGAAAUCGUCCAUAUGUACUGAAUGUGGUAAGGCCUUUACGUACAGGUCAGAACUGAUUAUACAUCAGAGAAUUCACACUGGGGAAAAACCUUAUGAAUGCAGUGAUUGUGGAAAAGCCUUUACUCAGAAGUCAGCACUCACAGUGCAUCAGAGAAUUCAUACAGGAGAAAAAUCUUACGUAUGCAUGAAAUGUGGACUAGCCUUUAUCCAGAAGGCUCACUUGAUUGCACAUCAAAUAAUUCAUACUGGAGAGAAACCUUAUAAAUGUGGCCACUGUGGGAAAUCCUUUACUUCCAAGUCACAACUCCAUGUACAUAAACGAAUUCACACAGGAGAGAAGCCUUAUAUGUGCGCUAAAUGUGGGAAGGCAUUCACCAACAGGUCAAAUCUCAUUACACAUCAGAAAACUCAUACAGGGGAGAAAUCCUAUAUAUGUCCUAAAUGUGGAAAGGCCUUCACACAAAGGUCAGAUUUGAUUACACACCAGAGAAUUCAUACUGGAGAAAAACCUUAUGAAUGUGGUACCUGUGGAAAAGCCUUUACCCAAAAGUCACACCUCAAUAUACACCAGAAAAUUCAUACCGGAGAAAGACAGUAUGAAUGCCAUGAAUGUGGGAAAGCCUUCAACCAGAAAUCAAUACUUAUUGUGCAUCAGAAAAUUCAUACAGGAGAGAAACCUUAUGUAUGCGGUGAGUGUGGUAGAGCUUUCAUCCGGAAGUCAAACUUCAUUACUCAUCAGAGGAUUCAUACUGGAGAGAAACCUUAUGAAUGCAGUGAUUGUGGGAAAUCCUUCACGUCCAAAUCUCAGCUCCUGGUGCAUCAACCAAUUCACACAGGAGAAAAACCGUAUGUGUGUGCUGUGUGUGGGAAAGCCUUUAGUGGCAGAUCAAAUCUCAGUAAACACCAAAAAACCCAUACAGGAGAAAAGCCCUACAUCUGUUCUGAAUGUGGGAAGACCUUCAGACAGAAGUCAGAGUUGAUUAUACAUCAUAGAAUCCACACUGGAGAGAAGCCUUAUGAAUGCAGUGACUGUGGCAAAUCUUUCACUAAGAAAUCACAACUCCAAGUGCAUCAGCGAAUUCACACAGGAGAAAAGCCUUAUGUAUGUGCUGAGUGUGGGAAGGCUUUCACAGACAGGUCAAAUUUGAAUAAACAUCAGACAACACACACUGGAGACAAACCCUAUAAGUGUGUAGUCUGUGGGAAAGGCUUCGUCCAGAAAUCUGUGCUCAAUGUCCAUCAGAGUAUUCACACUUGAGAAGAACAGUGUUUGGAUUCUCUGUUUUUCUCCAGUAGGGAAACCCGUGGGAGAACGGAUCAGUUUUUGCAGACAUCAAGCUAUGACAUUUUACUGAUGAUAUUACUCAAGGAUUGUCCCAGAAAUGGACACUCCAUUUCUAAGCCAGAUGUGGUUGACUUAUUGGAGCAAGGAAAAGAGCCCUGGAUGAUUUUGAGGGAAGAAACACAAAGACAGUACACAGAUUUGGAUUUACAUUGUGAGGUAAUCAGCUAUGUAGAAAUGCCCACGUAUGAAAAAGAUGUAUCUUCUACACAACAUCAGAGCAUAUAUAACAGAGAGAAACUCUAUGAAUGUAAGAAAUGUCAGAAGAAAUUUAGUAGUGGCUAUCAAUUUAUUCUACAUCACAGGUUUCAUAUUGGCAAAAGACCCUAUGAAUGCAAAGAAUGUGGGAAGAACUUUCAUAGUGGCUAUCAACUUACCCUACAUCAAAGAUUUCAUACUGGCGAGAAACCCUAUCAAUGUUCAGAAUGCAGGAAGAACUUUAAAAGCGGUUAUCAACUUACUGUACAUCAGAGAUUUCAUACUGGUGAGAAAACCUAUCAAUGUAGGGAAUGUGGGAAGGCCUUUAUUUAUGCCUCACACAUUAUUCAGCAUGAGAGAAUCCACACUGGCGGGAGGCCUUAUGAAUGUCAGGAAUGUGGGAAGGCCUUUAGUCAAGGUGGACACCUUAGAAUUCAUCGAAGAAUUCAUACUGGUGAGAAGCCCUAUAAAUGUCAAGAGUGUGGGAAGGCUUUUAGUAGGCGCUCAAACCUUGUUGAACAUGGGCAAAUCCAUACUGAUGAGAAACCUUAUGUAUGUGAGAAAUGUGGAAAGGCCUUUAAAAGAGGUCAUCAACUUACUGUACACCAGAGUGUUCAUACUGGUAAAAAACCAUAUGAAUGUAAAGAAUGUGGAAAGGGCUAUACCACUGCCUCAUACCUUAUUCUACAUCAGAGAAUUCAUAAAGGUGGGAAACCAUAUGAAUGUAAGGAAUGUAAGAAAACCUUUACCUUGUAUAGAAAUCUUACUCGACAUCAGUGUAUUCACACUGGAGAAUGUAGGCAGUGUGGGAAGGCCUAUACUACUGGCUCAAAACUUUUUCAACAUCAGAAAACUCACACAGGUGAGAAGCCUUAUGAAUGUAAGGAAUGUGGAAAAGCCUUUAGCUUAUAUGGAUACCUUCAUCAACAUGAGAAAACUCAUACUGGUGUGAAACACUUUGAAUGUAAGGAAUGUAAAAAAGCCUUUACUUUGUAUAGAAAUCUUAUUCGACAUCAGAGUAUUCAUACUGGUAAGAAACUUUUUGAAUGUCAAGAAUGUGGGAAGGCCUAUAGUACUGGCUCAAACCUUGUUCAACAUCAGAAAACUCAUACUGGUGAGAAACCCUAUGAAUGUAAAGAGUGUGGAAAGACCUUUAGUUUGCAUGGGUAUCUUAAUCAACAUCAAAAAAUUCAUACUGGUGUGAAACCCUAUGAGUGUAAAAUAUGUAGGAAAACCUUUACUUUCUAUAGAAAUCUAACUCUACACCAGAGUAUUCAUACUGAUGAGAAACCUUUUAGAUGUAAGGAAUGUGGGAAAACCUUUAGACGUAGUUCACACCUUACUGCACAUCAGAGUAUCCAUGCUGAUAAGAAACCCUAUGAAUGUACGGAAUGUGGGAAAUCCUUUAAAAUGUAUGGAUACCUUACACAACAUCAGAAAAUUCAUACUGGUGGGAAACCCUAUGAUUGUAAGGAAUGCGGGAAGACCUUUAGUCGUGCUUCAAACCUUGUUCAACAUGGGAGAAUUCAUACUGGUGAAAAACCCUACGUGUGUAAGAAGUGCGGAAAAGCCUUCAGAUAUGGUUCAGCCCUUAAAGCACAUCAGGGAAUGCAUACAGAUAAUGAAACUCUAAGAACAUAAGGAAUGUGAGAAUGCCUUUAGGUAUGGCCCAAACUUUUUUAAUAUCAGCCAGUUCACAGUGGUGAGAAAUUAUUGAAUGUUAGUCUUUAUAGGUAUGUCUUCACCAAAUGAGAGAAUUCAUAAUAUAGUUAUGAUUUCAGUGUCACUCCUGUUUUAAUGGAAUAUCUGGCUAUUUAAACAAUGGCAAAUUAAACCCUGAAUAGCCAAAGCAGUCUUGAAAAAGAACAAAACUGGAGGUGUCACGAUCCCAGAUUUCAAGAUAUACUACAAAGCUGUAGUAAUCAAAGCAGUAUGGUACUAGCAUAAAAAC